GUAUAUAUAGGACAAUCAUAAACUGCAGUAGACUGACUACCUUCAUUAUGGGUAAAGUGGUACAGAAGGCACAGGAGUCUGGUGUGAAUAUGAAACAGCCAACAGCAAGUACAAAACCGAAGGUGAAGACCCCAUAUCAGUCUAAAUCCAGAGGUGUUGGCAAGGGCCUGAAGACCACAGGAAAGGCAAAAAGACCACUUCAGGGGACUCCAAAUAAGAAAGUUCGUGAGAAGACCAGCACUCCUGUGAAGAAAACUAAGAAGACCAAAGGAACAACACUAUUUGGCCAUUAUCAUCGACUGAAUGAAAAGCUCAAUAAAAGUGACCCCAAGGAAGAAAAAAAGAAUGUGGAGAACUCUACAGUUUCAAGUGAUGGCCAGGGUAACUGAGAAAUAUUUGCUAAUGUUACGUGGCCAAUCAUGUAAACACUGAAUUUUUCACCAAUGUGAUGGUGAUAUGGUGAUACAAAUAAAAAGAAACCUGAUGUGAAA